CGGGCGAGGUGCCCAUCAGGGCGGGCCGCGCCGGGAGCGGGCCGAGCGGGCGUCGCCGCUGCAGGCUGCGUGGUUGCUGAGCCGCGGGACGCUGCGGGCCGGCGGCAUGUACGGCUUCGUGAACCACGCGCUGGAGCUGCUGGUGAUCCGCAACUAUGGCCCCGAGGCGUGGGAGGACAUCAAUUCAGUGGUGCAUCGAUUCGCCCGACGCUAAAGGGUUUCUUCGGUCUCCAGUUAGCUCUUCUUUCAGAAGAGAAGCAGAUGAAGAAUGGCCGCAGGGAGAAGGGACUUGGUCCUAGGCAGCGUUGGUGAAUGGUGCCAGACGCCUCUCUUGCCUCCUCGUGUCUCUGCCCAGACGUUUACACGCCACGAAGCCGCUGUGAUCGCCCGCCGUGGUUAAAGUGGGCCUGGCCUUCCGCCUCCCUCUCAGCUCCCAUCCUGUUCUCUGCCUUGUAGCAUUGGUCCCUUCACAACAUGCUAUGAAAUUUGGUUCUAUGUUUAUUUCUUCUUUGUCUGUUUCAUUCACUGAGAUGUUAAAAGUGCCUAGAAAGGACCAUGGAACGUAAUAGGCGUUCAGAUAUUUGUGGUAAAUUUUCUCCUGUAGAAAUAGAAAGGCAAGAAAGACAAAAGACAGAAAAUAAAAAAAGAGACUAACUCCAUAGUUCUAAAGAUUUCUAAAAUAGUCAUAAACAUUUUGUAAUUAAAAUUUUUUAUUAGUAUGCGUUUGCAGUACAUAGUGAUUGUAUUCACUGUGGAGAGGUGGUACACUUACAUUUUUAAGUACUUCAGUGGAAUUCAGUGUGAAAGUUUUAAGAAGAGUUCUGUUCUGUACUGUUUACUGUGUUUUUCAGUCUCCAGGGAGCAAGUUGAAGAGGAUCAUUUCAGGAAGAAGAGUUUAAGCAAGAUAAGGCAGCGUGAGCGCAUUCAACAAAUGGAGAGCAGGAGGAAAGAGAAAGAGGCUCAGUUAGAUGAAGAAGGACAGUUUCUCGUCAGAAUAAUAUAUGAUGAUUCCAAAACCUACGACCUGGUUGCCGCUGCCAGCAAAGUCCUCAACCUCAAUGCUGGAGAAAUCCUUCAAAUGUUCGGGAAGAUGUUUUUUGUGUUUUGUCAAGAAUCCGGUUAUGAUACCAUCUUACGCGUCCUGGGGUCUAAUGUCAGAGAAUUUCUCCAGAACCUGGAUGCCCUGCACGACCACCUCGCCACCAUCUACCCGGGCAUGCGUGCGCCUUCCUUUAGGUGUACUGACGCGGAAAAGGGCAAAGGGCUCAUUCUGCACUACUACUCGGAGAGAGAGGGGCUGCAGGACAUCGUCAUUGGAAUCAUCAAAACAGUGGCUCAGCAAAUACAUGGCACAGAAAUAGACAUGAAGGUUAUUCAGCAAAGAAAUGAAGAAUGUGAUCAUACUCAAUUUUUAAUUGAAGAGAAAGAGUCUAAAGAAGAGGAUUUUUAUGAAGAUCUUGACAGAUUUGAAGAAAACGGUACCCAGGAAUCUCGCAUCAGCCCCUACACCUUCUGCAAAGCUUUUCCUUUCCACAUAAUAUUUGACCGAGACCUGGUGGUCACUCAGUGCGGCAAUGCCAUCUACAGGGUGCUGCCCCAGCUCCAGCCCGGGAAUUGCAGCCUUCUGUCUGUCUUUUCUCUGGUUCGUCCUCAUAUCGAUAUUAGUUUCCAUGGGAUCCUUUCACACAUCAAUACAGUGUUCGUCUUGAGAAGCAAGGAAGGAUUGUUGGAUGUGGAGAAGCUAGAGUGCGAGGACGAACUGACAGGGACUGAGAUCAGCUGCCUGCGUCUCAAGGGUCAAAUGAUCUACUUACCGGAAGCAGACAGCAUCGUGUUCCUGUGCUCCCCGAGCGUCAUGAACCUGGAUGACCUGACCAGGAGAGGCCUGUACCUGAGCGACAUCCCGCUGCACGACGCCACCCGCGACUUGGUUCUUCUGGGGGAGCAGUUCAGGGAGGAGUACAAACUCACGCAGGAGCUGGAGAUCCUCACGGACAGGCUGCAGCUCACUCUGAGAGCCUUGGAAGAUGAAAAGAAAAAGACAGACACAUUGCUGUAUUCCGUCCUCCCUCCCUCUGUUGCCAAUGAGCUGCGGCAUAAGCGUCCAGUCCCUGCCAAAAGGUAUGACAACGUGACGAUCCUCUUCAGCGGCAUCGUGGGCUUCAACGCUUUCUGCAGCAAGCAUGCAUCCGGAGAAGGGGCCAUGAAGAUCGUGAACCUUCUCAACGACCUGUACACCAGGUUUGACACCCUGACGGAUUCCCGGAAGAACCCGUUUGUCUAUAAGGUGGAGACUGUGGGUGACAAGUACAUGACAGUGAGCGGCCUGCCAGAGCCCUGCGUCCACCACGCGCGCUCCAUCUGCCACCUGGCCCUGGACAUGAUGGAGAUCGCCGGCCAGGUGCAGGUGGACGGCGAGUCUGUACAGAUAACAAUAGGAAUCCACACAGGGGAGGUGGUGACAGGUGUCAUUGGACAGCGGAUGCCUCGCUACUGUCUCUUUGGAAACACUGUCAACCUGACAAGCAGAACGGAAACCACGGGAGAGAAGGGGAAGAUAAAUGUGUCUGAAUAUACGUACAGAUGCCUGAUGUCUCCGGAGAAUGCAGAUCCCCAGUUCCAUCUGGAGCACAGAGGCCCAGUGUCCAUGAAGGGCAAGAAAGAGCCCAUGCAGGUGUGGUUCCUCUCCAGGAAAAACGCAGGAGCAGAGGUAGGAGUGGAAACGAGCCAGGAGGAUGACUGAACCUCAGGCCGCAGACCUGGGUGGCCUCCCGCUGUCUCCCGACAUGACAUGUGCCAAGGAGAGGAGCGCCCCCCCGCACUGUCCUCUCCGGGUCCCGCACUUCCCCAGGCGGAUCUUGCACUGCCCACUACUCAGCAUCAGCUCUGCCUUUGAUGAUUCCCAUGGUUUUAGUGCACUGUCUGAAGCUUGGCUUUUAAUGUGGGUGUUGUGAACUUCUAGUAUCUUAAAAUCUACUACAAGUAUUACCCAAACUGGUGAUCCGCUAGUAGUAGGCACCCAAUAAACAUUUGUUGAAUUAAUUUAAAUAUUUGUUGAACUAAAUGAAACUGAACCAUAUUUGGCACUGAAUACAUAUGGUUUAGCAAAUCUGUUAAUGCUCCCUAUAUAUAUAUGCGUGUAUGUAUAUUUUAAUGACUAUAAUAUAGAACAAAAUGUAUCAUGUUGGUGUAUAUCAUUAUAGAAAUCAUUUUCUAAAGAACUGAAUUCUAAGUUUUAGGGAAAAAUGCAAUUUAUUUUCAAACUUCUGAAGAGUUAAUAUUCCAUGCUAAGAAAAUAGUGGCUAUUUUGAAGUAUGCUAAUUUCUUUUUGGAAAUAUAGAACACAUUUCUGUUAUGAAAGCAUGUGGUUGCGGAUUCAGAUCAUAUGGCAGUUGGAGUUCCUCUAACAGCCUACCAUUCGUACCAUAUCGCUUGGAGUAAUUACCUUAGCCGUGAGUAGCUGUUAACAGAAAGCUCCACUGUUUCACAGUGAAUCGUUAGUUAGCUUGGCAUAUCUAAGAGGGCCCUGGCCAUAUUCAAGAAGAAAGCUGGAAACACGCUGCUCGGGCAUUGCAGCUAGAGCCAUUUUUCCUGGCUUUUAUUCCUAGAAAUCAGCUUCUUCUUAGCUUAGAAAAAUGUGAUUUUUUCCAGGGCAUCACAUUCACAAAGCUAGUUUAAUUUCAGUGUUGAAUGCAUUCCUAUUGGGAUUAUUGGCCUGUUGUUCUAAAAAUGUCUCUGGUAAUUUAUUGAUACCUGUCUUUAUAAAAUAUAAUGCAUAUACGUUUGUGUAAAGAUGUUUGGCUUUAAAUUUAGUACAUUAUAUCAACCUAUCAUAUGUAUAUCAAUAUAUGUAUAAAUGUUCCAUGUUAAUGUGUAAAAGAAUCUGCAAUAAAUUAUUUUUUCCACUUG